AUGGAGUUAGAUGUUUGCAAGUCCCCUCCCAUCAAUUCUGAAAAAUUGGCGAACAUUCCAAUCCUCCAAAGUUUAUCCCCAUCUACUACUACCCAAAAGCCCAAAACCUUUGUGAGACUCACCAGAAACAAAACAUCUGCCACUACUACACACCCAGUUUGCAUCCCAGACCCUAAAUCUGAGACUAAACCAACAAAAUCUGUUUUGAAGAGGAAAACCAAUGAGAGUAUUGUUGAUGUUCUAGAAGUUGUUGAUAAUAACUUCUGUUUUGAAGUCAAAUUUUUGCUAAAUGGUUUUGCUGAUCCUAUGUGGGGAGUGUUCAUUUAUGCCAGUGUUGAUCCUUAUCUUAGACAGAAG